AUGCCUGGUCUACCAACGAAUAUCGAUCUAGAUGAGUGCAUCUCUCGGCUCUACAAAAAAGAGCUGCUUGCAGAUUCGGUGAUCGAGGCAAUCUGCCUCAAGGCGAAGGAACUCUUGAUGAAGGAGAGCAAUGUGGUACAUAUUGCUGCUCCAGUCACUGUGGUCGGCGAUAUCCACGGCCAAUUUUUUGAUAUGAUCGAGAUUUUCAGGAUCGGCGGCUACUGUCCUGAUACAAAUUACCUAUUCCUCGUUUUGCUGAUGGAAGAAUCGACAGGCGAUUAUGUCGACCGUGGACUUUUUAGUGUGGAGACCAUCUCACUCCUCGUGUGUCUCAAGUUACGAUACCCUCAACGAGUGCACCUCAUCCGCGGUAACCACGAGUCGCGCGGAGUCACCCAAUCAUACGGCUUCUACACUGAGUGCGCGCGCAAAUAUGGCAACGCCAACGUCUGGCAUUACUUCACCGACAUGUUUGACUUUUUGACACUGAGCGUUGUGAUUAACGAUGAGAUAUUUUGCGUACAUGGCGGCUUGUCACCUUCUAUCCAUUCGAUUGACCAAAUCAAGAUUAUCGACCGUUUCCGCGAGAUUCCACACGAAGGUCCUAUGGCCGAUUUGGUCUGGUCUGACCCCGAUACAGAACGCGAUGAAUUCUCACUCUCGCCCCGCGGCGCCGGAUACACUUUUGGAGCGCAGGUUGUGCGGAAGUUCCUAGAGGUGAACAGCAUGUCCCACAUCCUACGCGCACACCAACUCUGUCAAGAAGGCUACCAGGUUCUUUACGAUGAUCGCCUGAGCACGGUCUGGAGCGCACCUAACUAUUGCUACCGCUGUGGAAACCUGGCCAGUGUGCUCGAAGUGAGUGACUCUGGCGAGCGGUUUUUCAACGUUUUUGAUGCUGCACCAGAGAACGAUGCCCAUCGCCUUGAACAGCUGGGUCAGCAGCAGCAGAGCAAGGAUGGCUCUGGUCCAAUUGUCGACUACUUCUUGUGA